AUGGUUACCAUUUUGGUUAAAGACAUUACAAUUGUCAAUGUCUAUAAUCAACCGAAACCAUCCAAGAAAUACCCUGAGCCACCGGUUUUUGAGUUUCUCAAACGGGAGAUCAAGGAACAAUACUCAAAGAUUGUCAUUGCAGGUGAUUAUAACUUACAUCACAAGGAAUGGGAAUCAAAGGCAGGUCCGAAUACAGAAGCAGAUGAAGUUGUUGAGUGGUUACAUGAAAAUGAUAUGAUGUUAAUUACUCCAAGAAAUCAAAAAACAUACAACAAUAGAACCAAUAUUGAUUUGGUUUAUGGUUCAGUGAAUUUACUUCAUAGAAUUUCAUUUAGUGGAGUGGAUGAAAAUACACUAAGUGAUCACUCAAUUGUGGAGUGGGACAUCUCUAUGUCUCAGAGUAAAAACGGGGAUGAAGAUUUUACUUCGGUGAAGAGACUGAAUAUUAAGAAUGCAGAUUGGGAAAAGUUUGACAAGGAGCUUUCUUCUGCCAUUAAAGAUUUUAAUGUGCAUAACAAAACUCUAAAAUCAACUGACCAAAUUGAUGACCAAGCUAAAGUUCUUGAGGAGGUUAUAAAAAGAGCAAUGGCAAAGUCGAUGAAGGAAGUUAAGGUGAUGAAAAAGUCCAAACGCUAUUGGAAUCAAGAAUUAAGGGAGAAGUUAGAAAAAGCGCUAGAAGCUAAAAGGGAAGCCCGUCAAAGGCAACCUUCUUUGGCUUUGAAACGACAAAAAAUUGAAGAGGCGAAAAAAGCUAGAAAAAUUUUUGACCACAGUUUGCGUGAAGCAAGUACUGAGCAAUGGAAUAAAUAUUUGUCUAGUUUAGAAGGAAAUGACAUCUGGAAGAUUUUGAAAUACAUUAACCCAAAAAGCAAUGAUACCAUUAUACCACAGAUUAGAAAAGAAGAUGGAACUCUCACUACUACUGUUGACGAAAAAAGACAUGAAAUAUGGAAGGCACUUCUACCUGAAAUUGAUCAUGGUCUUGAUAGAGAGUUUGAAAUUGAUGACGAUUCUCGAUGGCCAAAAUUAGAGUUUGAUGAAGUUGACUCUGCAUUGGCUGAUACCCCAAAUGAUAAAGCUCCAGGAGACGAUGGAAUUACGGGCAAAGUUUUAAAGAUGGCAUGGCUGAAUAAAGAUUUUAAGGAAAGGUUUUUCAAGCUUCUCCAAGCUUGUGUGAAGUUUGGAUACCACCCAAAAGUCUGGAGACAUGGCAUUAUUGUUGUUAUACCUAAACCUAAGAAACCUGACUAUUCAAAGCCAAGAGCAUACCGACCAAUUUCCUUACUUAAGAUUCCAUCUAAAGUACUGGAAAAAUUAUACAAAAGAAUGACCAAGCUUACAUCACACUUACUUCCACCAGAGCAAUAUGGGGGAAGACAAGGUUAUUGUGCUACUGAUGCUGUUUUGGAACUUGUCCAAAGAAUUGAAACUAGUAAAGAAAAAAUUUCAGCUAUGCUCAUUGAUAUUCAAGGAGCUUUUGAUAAUGUUAACAGAAAUAUAUUGGCAGACACAAUGGAGGAUAUGAAACUACCCAAAGCACUUAUAAACUGGACCUACCAAUUUCAAGAAAAGCUGUUGGUGCUAUUUGGCAUCUUGGUGGCGUGCAAAAAAGGGAUGCGGGGGUCUGCAGUCAGAUCACUGUAUAUUGCUUGCGUGAGACCAAUUGUCGAAUAUGGCUUAGAAAUUUGGCAUCAUAAAGUCUUGAAAGGAGAAAUCCACAAGUUGGAAGUGAUGCAGAACAUGGCUUUAAGAAGAAUUGUUGGUGCUUAUCGCACAACUCCUAUUGCGGUAUUACAAAAGGAAGCUGGUAUUAUGCCAUAUAGUAUUAGGCUAAAAUUUAUGGUGGCACGAAAAGCUAUUUGUUUACACCUAAAUAUUAGCAAAACUAAUCCUAUUAAUGGUCAUUUGUUAACAUUGAUUGAGAAAUCUCCAAUUGCAAAGCUAACCACGCUUUACAUGUUGGCGAAAGAUGAUAGAGACUACAUGAUUAAAAAGGGUGAAAAACGAAAAUGCAAGAGAGUUGAACCUCUUACACUGAAACAACAACAAAAUCAGACGAUUGGAAUUUUGAAGAAACAAGCAAUGGAAGAAUGGCAAGAAAUGUAUUGGAACAGUAGUAAGGAUCUGUGGUAUCAUAAUAUCACAGUGGAGUCGAAAUGUACUGAUAAUCUUUCCAAAAUGGUUACGGGAGUGAUCAUGAAGAAAGAUAGUCGAAGGAUCUUGAGUAAUAUUACUCAGUUUCGCACAGGCUAUGGCAACUUUGGCGCAUGGUUUAAAAAGUUUGGAAUUGAAAAGGAUAGUUACAACUGCAAAUGUGGAGAGCUGGAAACAGUUCAUCACAUUUUAGUUGAGUGUCCUUUGCUUGAAGAGGAAAGAAAAGGACUCAAACGGAUAUCUCCAGAGAUGGACAUGUCGACUCUCUUCAACAGUUUAACUGGCUUACAAGAGAUUGUAAGCUUUAUCUCUGCUUGGAGGGAUUAA